AUGACUUCCACCCACAAGUUGUUUUUGCCAAAGACCAGCUCAGGUAGAUCAUGCAUCGACCUCUCCGAUGCAGGUUUACACUCCGUCGAAGGAGCAGAGAGGGUCAUCACCCUGAUGUGUUCUCAAAACUCAGUUGAAAGGCUGGUGCUCAACCAUAAUAAGCUGGGCAAUGAAGGUUGCGCCGUCCUCUGCAAGUUUUUAUGCUCAACAAUCGGAAAGAGACAUGCCAUUUCCAAGAUCGCUCUGAAUUUCAAUGCUAUUGGGAACGAAGGACUAUCAGCAAUUUCGGACUUCUUGAAAGACGACCAACAUUUAAAAGAGUUGUCCCUUGCUAAUAAUAGCUUCUCAGGCGACCCUCCCACCACUUCCAAGUUCGUAAAUGCUGUCAAUAAUUCUAAUCUCGAAGUUCUCUCCCUUACUUCGAAUCGACCGUUAUCUGAUGCUUUUGUUGAAGUAUUCUUGCCGGCUCUCAACGCUCCAUCAUUACGCGCACUUCACUUGUCGGCGAUGAAUUUAACCCCGCUAUCUUGUCCAUACAUCUUGGAGUUUCUGACCGACCCACAGCGUUGCCGUCUUCACACAUUAAAAUGUAACGGUAACUCUCUUGGUUUACAGGCGGUCCGAUCAAUCAUACGUGCUGUUACAAAGGAAAACUAUGCGCUUGUCACCGUUGAGCUUUAUGCAAACCACCUGGAAUCUGACUCACUUGAUACCCUGUCAUCGGAUCACGAUUCGAACGGUGAGGACACCGAUGUCGAUGAAGCUACUGCCCUUCGCCUCGCAUGGAAAGCCUGCCAGCAUCGGAUGAACCUUGUUCUAACAAGGAAUGUACUUCUGAAGGGCUACGUUGAAAGGGAGUCGUUGCAACUUCUUCGAUAUGCGCGGAUCCUCCUCCUUCACACCCAAUGCGCAGAAAGUUCAGUCAAGUCAUUACCAGCUCCACCGAUGCCCGAUAAUGUCACACCUUCAUUUACAUCACUUCCUAUCGAGAUACAACAUCAUAUUCUUUCUUUUCUCGCACCCCACCUCUCAACUGGGCAACUGAUUCGAAUAAUUGGGUACGCGUCAUCGGCGAAUACUCUUCCCUGCCUUCUUCUGCGCCUCACAGGGAGUACAAGAAAAUGGGUGGGGAUGCAGAACACCAAAUCGCGCAAGGAGCAGAGGAGCAUCUGGUUUGAUACGCUUAGAUGUAGUUCAUUUGAGCCAGAGUAG